ACAAAGCUCCAAAACCUUCUGGCUUAUUUGAUAUGUGCAGGAGUAAAGAAAACUCACCUGAUAUAGUGGAGCAAUCAAACAUAAAUUAUGAUGAAGAAAAUUCUGAACAAUAUACUGUAUUGUCCCAAAAUUUAACAAAUACAAAUCCAACAUCUAUAUCAAGUGAUAAUAAUAUGAUGGAUAAAAUGCAAUGUGUCUGUCAUACAGUAAUGAAAGUGUUUAAUCAAAUGGUUUCCCUUCAAAAGGAUGUAAAUGUUAUAAAAAUUGAUGUGAUGAAAAAUCAAAAUUUAAUAGCAGAAGUAAUUGACAGACAAAACCACCAAACAACUCAAAAUCAAACAGUUGAAAACAUAACUCGGUCAAAUUUAAAAAUACCGUUACAGACCAUGGAACAACUUGACAGUCUUGAAGCCGAUGAUGAACUUAAACAAAUCUUAGCUAAUGUUAUUCGCAGAAAUGGAAAGUCAUUUGACUCAAAAAGAACUACUUAUCAAAUAAUGAAGAUAGUUUUGGAAAAUCGCAUGGCUGAGGGAUUGAACAUGGAGGGAAGAGGAGAGAAGCGAGCACUUGGAAAAAUGGAAAUUUAUGCUGUGAAGUUCAUGUUUCCCGAAGAAUCACUGAAACUGAUUAAAAUACAUAUGAGUGAUUGGCUAAAGCAGGCUCCUAAGAGGAAAUCCCAACAAUAA